GUUGCCUAGCAACGGCCAGACGCGGAGAGAUGGAGGCAGCCAGUGGCCGGGAACGACAAGCGAGAGAAUAUUUAGAGAAACACAGGAUCAUGGAGCUGCUGAACCAUCUCACCACCGUCCUCCUGUUUUUCCGGCCAGAAAAACCAAGAGACUAUUUAAUAACUCUGUUGGAACGGGUGCGGAUUGCCAAAGAAACCGGUGUGGCUUUUCCCUUCUUUAUGGAUAACUCUAACAUUGUGGCCAUGUUUGAGAUGCUGGACUCCGCAGGCAGAGGUGCCAUCUCAUUUGUGCAGUAUAAAGAAGCCCUAAAAACCUUGGGUCUGUGUACUGAAGAUGAAGUUUUAAAAGGUGAAGGACAUAUAGUAACUUUGGAUCAGUUCAGGGAUGAAGUGAACAAGAGGACUGAGAAAAUAUGGUCAUCAUUUUAAUAAUGCCCUAAAUCCAGGAUAAUAAUAAAUGAUUCUAAAACUUUCAUUUGCCCAGUUUCAUUAAUUUAGAAUUUCAUCAUACAAUUAAAAGGCCAACAGACUUCCUCUUUGUUUAAAAAAACGUUGUUAUUAGUUUUUUUCUGAAGACACAUCAUUUCCCAGUGUUGGGCCAGUUUGUCCUCAAGUUAAGUAAAAUCUCCACAUCUUGUUGA